AUGCUGGUCUACAGCAAAAAGCCCCCCGAAGAGGUCUUCAAGUUUGGCCUGAGGGCAAGCGAUAUAGUGGAUAUGCGCCCCGAACCUGAAAAAGUAGAUGCCGCUUCACCAGAAGACUGGGGUUUCACCUCACCAACAUCAGACGGGAUCUGCAAAUACUGUCAACUUCUUCUACACCCAGAUGCACCCUCUCUGAUACAGCAUCAGCCGAAUGUGAGCCGUUUGGUCAAUUCGGGUGAGACUUGCACCGUCUGCAAGUGGCUUGAAGUAAGCAUCCCGAAAGGUUCCCCUAGCCUUUUAGCUCGAUUUCAGGCAAAUGAUCCGGAUUUGAUCGAUGAGAAUAGCACCGCUUGUCCUGUGACUGUCGAGUUGACUAAGCAUGAGAAGUACACUCGGGCAGUUUGCUGGGUCGGGGACAGGCAGCUUUAUCUGAACUGUGGUGCACCUUUGACGAUUUCAACACCGUCACGUCUUGGAGAUCUCGCUUCACGCCGCUUUUGGGCCAAGCAUGGUGGUGAGGAUCCUCAUAAACGACAAGACUUGAUCAAGAGCUGGAUGAGCGAGUGCGAUGAUCAUGAAACAUGCAAAGUAUCGCUGCCAUCCACACGAAGUGCUCCCCUACCGACUCGAGUACUCGACUUGACUGGUAGUUCAGAUCUGCCUGAGUCCGGAGACGAUAUCAUCAUCAAACUGCGAGAGACAAGUAAGGAUGAGGUUGGCAUGUACACUGCGCUCAGCUAUUGCUGGGGCAGAGAUACUGAUCUACAUUUUAAAACCACAUACGCGACGUUGGAGACACACAAUGCAGGAAUCGACUGGUCCACCCUGCCGCUUGUCCAUCGGGAAGCCAUCCUUACCGCAUUAUAUCUCGGUAUCCGAUACAUCUGGAUCGAUUCACUCUGCAUCAUUCAAGACUCACUUGAAGAUUGGCAGAGAGAGUCUGCCAUGAUGGGUUCUGUUUACUCAAACGCCCAUCUUACCAUCGCAGCUACUUCAUCAUCUUCACCCGACGAGGGACUUCAUUGGCCAUACCAAGGAGCGCAGACCGUCGACAUACAUGAAGAGACAACGAGCAUUCGCUUUGAAACUCAUCUCUCCAUUGAUGCAUCUUCGGAGCCUCUCAACAACAGAGGAUGGACCCUACAGGAAGCUGUUCUUCCAUCACGACUUGUCUGUUUCGGCAAAGAGCAAUGGCUCUGGAAAUGCCCCAGUCGAUAUGCUACCGAAGACGGCCUUAUCGAUGGUCCCAGGUAUAUCGACAACGGACUUCCGCAAUGGCCUGCUCUAGCUCAUGAAGGACCAAGCGAAGAUGGUCAGAACUUCCUGAAACAUUGGUAUCAGCUGGUUAUCAACUACUCGAAACGUAAUUUGACGUACCAAACUGAUAAGUGGAACGCGAUUGCUGGUCUGGUGGAGAUGUUCAAAAAGGAAACCGGGUACACGUACCUGGCUGGAAUAUGGCAAGAGGAUUUGGCAAUUGGUUUGAUGUGGGAGUCUACCACGAAAGGCGUUGUUCGUGAAGGCGAAAUAGCACCAUCGUGGUCUUGGCUCUCUGUGAAAGGGCCCAUUAAAGGAAUGGAAUACAGCCGCUCAACAACUUCAAUGAUCGAAUUGAUCAAGGUUAACUCAAGCUUGCCUCUAAAAGUUAGCUUGAAAAUCAAGGGAAAACUUCUUCGUGCAGCGCUCGGCCAACGUUCCGUCACUCAAGACUCUCGACAUUAUAUCGUUGCAGAACCAAACAGUAGCGAUGUUCUUGGCGAGGCGUUUUUGGAUACCAGGCUUGAUGAUGGCGUUGAGAUGGUGGAGAUUACGUGUCUUUAUGUGCUCGAUACCGCCGGACAGAAAGAAUCUUAUGUUCUGAUAUUGGCUGGUGAGGAGAAGGAGUUUCGAAGAUUGGGCAUGGGUGUUCUUUGGAAGGAGAGCCAGUCCUUCGAUGAUCCACACAAUGGGGCUGGUUCUCCAGUUUUGGAGAGAGCUGUGGAGGAUACAGUAACGCUAGUAUAG